UUGUUUGGUUCUGUCGCCUGCCGUAGUUUAUCAACGCGGAAGCUACAAUGAAUGGCUACAUUGCUAACUGGUAUUAGUGUCUUAUCCUAAAUAUACGUAUAAACAUUGACUGUUUGCUACUUUUUCUGAGAGACGGACAUGUUGCGGGGUAACACGCAGCUUGGCGGGUUGUCCCUGUGAUGCGUGGCAGCUGCGGUCAGCGAGUUGUCCCAUUCAGAUAAGUUAGUUGCUGCGUAAAACACCAUGAAAGUCCGCUCGUCUGUGUUCGCCUGCUUCAUUUUAAUAUUUGAAGUGCUCGGCGUUGCCCUCUUCCUGAGGGGCUUCUUCCCUGUUCCUGUAAAGUCUUCUUUCUCCUCCAAGAGCAAGCUGUCGGAUUUACCCGCGGAGCCGCUGGCAGGAAGCCCUCCCAACUCCACCCGCCUGCCCCAGCCCCUGUUCAGGAGGGUCGUCCUCAUGGUGGUGGAUGCCCUCCGAGACGACUUCGUGAUUGGACCCGCCGGGUCCCACAUGCCCUACACCCGGUACCUGGUGGAGAAAGGCUCGUCCCACAGCUUCGUGGCCAAGGCAAGACCUCCCACUGUCACCAUGCCAAGGAUCAAGGCUCUCACCACCGGCAGCAUCCCGGGCUUCAUCGACGUGGUAAUGAACCUGAAUUCCCCCGCCCUCCUGGAGGACAACCUCAUCUGGCAGGCCAAAACGGCCGGCAAGCGCAUCAUCUUCUACGGGGACGACACGUGGGUCCGCCUCUUCCCGAAGCACUUCAUGGAGUACGACGGAACAACCUCGUUCUUCGUGUCCGACUACACCGAGGUGGACAACAACGUGACCCGCCACCUUGACAGCACCCUGAAGAGAGAUGACUGGGACGUGCUGAUCCUCCACUACCUGGGCCUGGACCACAUCGGCCACAUCAGCGGGCCCCACAGCUCGCUCGUCCGACCCAAGCUGCUGGAGAUGGACGACGUCCUGAAAAAGAUCCACAGUUCCCUCGUUUCCAAGGAGGCUGAGGGAUCUUUGCCCUACCUGCUGGUGCUGUGCGGAGACCACGGAAUGACCCAGACUGGCAGCCACGGGGGUUCCUCGGAGCCAGAAGUCAACACGGCUCUGGUGCUCAUCAGUCCAGCCUUUAAAAGAAAAGCGGGAAUGGAGAGGCCCGGCGAGGUGGAGCAGGUCGACCUGGCCCCGACGCUGGCCCUGGGCCUGGGGCUGCCCGUGCCCCAGAACAGCGUCGGCCGCGUCAUCCCUGACGUGCUGGAGGAGCGGUCGCUGCGGGACCAGCUGCGCUUCCUGCAUCUCAACGGCCACCAGCUCAGCUGCCUGCUCCGAGACAGCACGCCCGACUACCAGAAAGAGGCCGGCUUCGAACAGUUUCGUGUGGCAGAAAAGGCUCAUGGGAGCUGGAUGAAGCUCUACCUGGAAGGAAACACCUCUGAGGUUCUGACCAACAUGGGCAAAAAAGUCCUGAAGCAGUACCUGGAGGCGCUGGCUGCCAUGAGUUCUGCUCUGAGCAAACAGCUGGGCAAAUACGACAUGUACUCCAUGAUCGCAGGAAUGGUGUUUGUGUUCCAGCUCCUGCUGGUCUUACUGCUGGCGAUGCCCGAAGCCCUCAGCAGCGCCGCGGCAGUGGACCUUCCGGUGCUCUCCUCCCUGCUCUCCCUGCCUUUCUACCUCUUGUGCCUGCUCCUCGCCUCCGUGCACGUGUUGGUGUGCACGUCUGCGGAGAGCUCCUGUUACUUCUGCAGCCUCUCCUGGGGCCUCGUGUUUGCCGCCGUUGCCUUCUCCUCGGCGAUGUUUUGCAUUCUGAUCUCCAUGGUGACACGGAGACUCCCGUUCGGACCCGCGGUACAUGGGAAGUCUCCUGUGCGGAGCUCCGGCGGGGAGUGGUCGCUGUCGGAGCUCGACGUCCUGCUGCUGGCCGGAACCGUCGGCCACACGCUCAGCCUGGCGGCGAGCAGCUUCGUCGAAGAGGAGCACCAGACCUGGUACUUCCUGCUCAACACGCUCUGCCUCGCCGUCUUCCAGGACGUGUGCAGGAAGUACUUCAGGGAGCAGAGGGGCUCCGGAGACGAAGAGGAGCACCUCCUUUUGUCCAAGGACAGCCGCUGCUCUGCUCACCCCAAACAGGAGGUCGUCUCGGAGAAGUGGCUGGCGCUGGCCACGCCCCCCUUCACUCUGCUUUGCUGCCGGCUGCUUCGCUCCCUCAACCAGACAGGAGUUCAGUGGGCCCACCUCCCAGAUGUCAGCCACUGGAUCAACAGCUCCGAACAUAAGACGGUCCUGUCCCUGCUGUCCGCGCUCUGCCUGCUCCUCAUCUACCUCCUGGUUCAGAGACGCUGCUCGCUCGUCUCCAAGGUCGCCCUGGCGCUCGGACUCCUGGGCGUCUACAGCUACCGGGCAGCUGUCGGCAGUGUCCUGUUUCCCUGGCAACGCUCCGGCCGAGCCGCGUCCAAGGGAACGGUGGAGGCACGCUUCGUCUACGUCUUCGUCCUGGGCAUCCUCUUCUCGGGCACCAAGGACCUGCUGAGAUCCCAGAUUGUCACGGCAGAUGCGAAGCUGAAGAGCAGGGGGUUGUGGGAGAUUUACAGUGGCCUGGUGCUGCUGGUUUCGCUCCUGUUUCGGGCCCAUAACCUGCCGGUGCUGUGCUGCGGGCUCCUCAUCCAGACGCUCAUGGCUCAGUUCAUCUGGAAGAAGCUCCACUACGACGCGGCCCAGACCACCAUCAUGCACUACUGGUUUGGCCAAGCCUUCUUUUACUUUCAGGGCAACUCCAACAACAUUGGCACCGUCGACAUUUCUGUGGGCUUUGUCGGUCUGGAAAGCUACAUCGAAGCGCCUGCCAUCUUUUUAACAGCUCUCAGCACUUACGCGGGUCCCCUGCUCUGGGCCUGUCACCUCGUCUGCUACCUGAGCUCGGAGAGAGAAAGGAGCCCGGUCGCCGUCGGCCACGGCUGCUACUGCUUGGCCCUGCUGAGGUCGGUGCCGGCCGCCGCCUACAUCGUCCUGGUGACGGUCCUGCGCUACCACCUCUUCAUCUGGAGCGUUUUCUCGCCCAAGUUGCUGUACGAGUCCAUGCACCUGCUGCUGACCGCGGGAGUGUGUCUCGUCUUCAUCACCAUGGAGCAAAGUCCCGGCUCCAGUAAGUCCUAGUGGGAGGCGAGGCGGGGUCGGACGCAGACCCCUCGGACUGCCGCGGUACAAUCGACUCCCGCUUCUCAUCUCCUCACGCUGUGUGAAUAGAUGUGCUCUCAGUGAUAUAUUUAAAUAUGUUUCUAUUUCUAAAAGAUGGGGGGGAGGGGAAAUGUUUGAGGAUGAAUAAAAAUGUGAUGUAACUUGUGGAAAGAGGCCAUAUCUCUUCCCUCAGAGAUAUGCCGGACUUGGAGGUGCAGAAUAAAAGCGGGCUGUUGGAGAACUUUGAUGUUGCGUUUUCUGAGGUAGCUGCGUGUGUUUACCUGUUUUCAUGCCAACCUGCGUCCUCCGGGCUCGUCCCGCCUGAGAACGCAGCGGUCUAAAGUCGAGACUGUCGGUUCCCCCCGGGUCUCCGGACGCUUCUCGAUCAGAGGUAAGAGAAACGGAAUCGAUCACGACAGUUUUCCAGUCAAAAUGUGUCCGGAUUCCGGGUCCCGCUGCGUCCUUCACUCCCCAACACUGAUGCUGGAUUAUUAAUCUAGCCAGAUAUCCCACUGUGACGGACCGAAAGGGGUCCGCGGUGGAUUCCUCUGGAGUUUGUGCCGUCUCGGGCCUAAAGGUGCAGAGGUGCCGAGGCGAGCGUGAGCGAGAUGUCAGACGGCUUCGGCCUGCGUCCGCCUACAGGGAGCUGUAAAAACGGUUCUAAUCAGGCAGCGCUAAUGAAAAUAGCUGCGUGGGAGGAACACAGGAGCGCAGAGUGGGAGUUUUAAAGACACUGCAGUCAUUUCUCUGUAGAAGUUUUUCUAACAUGUAUCACGGAUAAUUGAUUAAACUCCAGUUUUCUUUUGUUUUUUUUUAUUAAUAUUAUUGCAUAAGUUGAGCUUUUUCGGUGGUAAUUGUUUAUGAAGCUCUCUUGGAGAGCAAACAGCUGUCAGAGUUACACUUCUUUCCAAAAGUAUUUAUUCCUCCCAAGCUUUUCAUUUCGUCAUGUUAGAACCACAAACUUCAGUGUGUUUUGUUGGGACUGUUUACUUGUAUUAGGACAAAAGGUGAAACUUGGCUAUUGCGUUUAAUUCCUGCAUAUUUACACUGCCAUGAAAUGCGGUGAUGUUGAUUAAUGUGUACUGUCCAAAUUAAAUUAAUUCCACUUUUUUUUUUCUCCCCUCCAGGGGGUCUUUUGUGGGCUCUAGUGUCCCUUAUAUGACAGUAGGCUGACAGGAAAGGGGGAAGCAGAGGGGGGAAGACAUGCGGCAAAUAUCGUCUGGUCCGGGAGUCGAACCCGCGACGGCCGCGUCGAGGACUCAAGGUCUCCAAACGUGGGCCGUGCUUUCCCCUACGCCACCACAGCACGCCUUUAAUUCCACAUUUUUAUGCAAUAGACUAACUAGUUUUUGUAAAUCUCCUUCAGAUACAAAUGAAAAAGGUGUGGAAUGCAUUUACCAAAAAGCAUAAUGCUUCCAAAUCCAUAUUUUACACUGAGGGCGGUGCGUUCAGGGUGAUGUGUGGUGUUUGAGAUUACAUCCAUUCUCCUAUCGACUAAAACCUUAAAACUAUUUUGACCUCAUCUGAGUACACCAAUAAUCCACAAGGCCACUAUUCACCCAACAUGUGGCCCCCGCUCUGGGGUGAACUUUAGGGUUAACUUCUUGUGGUUAACUCCCAGAUUCUUCCACCUGAGCUGAGGAUUUUUACUGCUCCUCCAUAUAAUGCUCUUCUAGUCUGGAUUUUAUUUUAGGAUUUCACAGUUAAAGUGGGGCUAAAUACCAACUCCAUCUGGACCAAACUUUAGAAACGGUUUACAGGGCACUAGCCCAGGGCCCCAAUUUUUUGAGGGUGCCACUGAUUUAUUUUUGUUUUUUAAUGAAUGCAUGUUUUGCAAACCUUGUACUUUAUAUUACACUCAUUGGCCCAUAUCAGGUGAGUUCUAUUAAUAUUUUUGAGAUUUUUACGAAUAUAAACAAUACGUAUUUGAAAAUUAGGACCAAAACUCUCCCCGGUCCAGAGGCCCGCAUCGUUGUAAAUCUGACCCUGCUUAAAACUGUUAAGAUAUUUAUUUCUUACACAUUUUGUAAAAGCAUAUAUGAUAUUCGUUCUACUUCAUAGCUAUACAUGUGUUGCUCUGUCUCAUGAAAUCCUUGAAGUUUGAGGCUUUAACAUGACAAAAUGGGAAAAAAUGUUUAAAUGGCAUGAAUGCUUUUGCAAGUAUUGUCAACGUCCAAAGGGGGGAAAAGGGUCAUUUUCUGCUUUAUUUUUACAUUAAUCAUUUGUUCUUUAUUAUUCAUUUUUCUCCGUUUGCUAAAUUAACCUGAGUUCUGACUCAGAAUCCGAACCUUUUCACCGGUCUUUGUGUUCUGUCAUGCUCACAAACCAAAGCCAAACUGGCCACCGAGGCGGCUUCGAUCCAAGGCAACGAGCGCAGCGGUGAAACGGUGACGCUCACCUUCAUUCCAAACACCGAUCCAAGUUGCUCACAAAGCUGCCUGAGCGACCCGACCUCUCCCCGUCCUGGAACUGUGUGCAUCGUUUGAGUAAUGAGAGCAGCUGCCGAGCCAAGGAGCAACACACGAAGCAGAAACUAAAACUAUCUGAACUGUUAUUUCUGUUGGCAUCGGUGAUGUGAAGGAACAUCUGCGACUCCUUCAGAGCUCCGCAUUGAUUACAACCUGCCAGCCCUGACAUCUUCCCCCCCCGCCGCCCUUUGAGGUCUGAACAAAAAAGAAAAGGGAAAAGUAAAGGAUCGAGCUGAAAGAUGCAACAGUUUGCGGCGUUUCACCUCCGGGCUGGGAAGCCGAUUGUUCUCACCCUCGACGUUCGUCACUCGGCUUGACGAGUCGCCUGCGUUGCAAAACAGCUUCUUGCCCGAGGCAGGGUUCCCCGACGCCCGGCGAGCCCGGCCCGCCACAGGCGUCGCGCCCGGGGACUUUCCGCGCAUUCGCUCCUGCGCCGUGUCCGGCUGUAGCUCGGGCCUUUUGUUAUCGCCGUGGCUCACUUUGACUGGGACCGACAGAAUGCAAAUGUCCCUGGACACGCGGCAGGAUUUCCGCCAGAGCUCAGAGAGUCUGCGGCGGGAAGACGCGCUGCAUAUGGAUCACUGCGGGUCGGGUCCUCGCCAUCAGAGGGAAAGGCACGUCCAGCUUGUGAGAGAGUCCGGGAGUUCAAAGUUAAUUUGACCUUUUUCUAAACCGACAGAAUGCUACUGUCAAGUGCCUUUUCCGCUCUUUGGCUCAACGGGGAAUCUCAGCCAGACUUCAAACAAAGUCUGCCAUAAAUAGUUUAUGAGCCAGAAAAUAAUCUACAUGACUCUGAGGAUUAGUCUGUCAGUGCUCGGUAUGCUCCACAUCUCUGUCCGACAAGCUCUGCAUUGUCUUUACAAGCUGAGCUGCUGAUCCACACAAAUGCUACGGAGUUCUCCUGAAUGUGACGUUCAAGGAUAACACCACCAGUCGCAUCAGUUACUGUCAUGGCAAACCAUUAGCUAGUAGACUAAAGUAAUAGAAAAACCAACAGUCAUGAUGAACAAACUCGUGUCGAACAGUAAAUGUUGUACAUCCUGGUUAUAGAGCAUCUGCAUAAAAUGGCUUGUUCCAGACAUUGUUCAAGAGAACAAACUUUGAUUAAAAACUUAACUGGAGAUAGAAAAGUAUAUAAAGAAAUGCAGAAAACAAUCGACCGCUAACUUAAAAUCAUCUCAGAUGCUUGAAAAAUCCAACCAAAACCAGGAAGACGUGGAAGAAAACUAUAAACUGCCAUCCUGGUAGGUUGAAGGGUGUCUGAUCAGUCAAUGAUCAAAGAACAUCUACUGUUACCUGUGAGUUGUGUAGCUAUAUUGAUGCGUCUGUGAACCAAAGGUAUCGGCAAGUAGCGCCAACAGAACCCCAUUGCUCAAAACCAAGAAUGGACACAUUGGCAAAGACGUCAUUGUUUGCCUUGAUGAAAAAAUGGCGCAGAUGGUUUGUCAGACAACCAUCUAAUGCUAAAUUUAAAGAGGCAGUACGCUGGGAAGAAGGGUUGCUGAGGCAUUUCGGUGUAGGCUUUCGUUGACCAUUGCCUGACUGAAUAUUUGAGUUUGUAAGCCAAAAGGCAGACACUGCACUUUUUCUUUUUUUUUUUUUUUUCUUCGAACUGCCCAAUACUCAUUUUUCCCAUGUUUCUAUCGACAGAGAGCAAACGUGAUCAAUUUCCUUCACUAUCUGUGUUUCUAAUCCACUCGUGAACUUGCAGUGAGCUUGUGUGUGAAAGUUAAAGCUGCAGCACAUAGUUAUAGCAUUAAGUGUUGUUAUUUAGAACACAGCUGCAUGUAUUUUCUAGGGCUGAGAUUGAUUUACUGCUGCAAGAUAUAAAAAUGAUUGUUGUUCCAGACCUCUCGGAGGGUUUCUCUGCUGCUGAAGAUGAAUUAUGCUGGAUGGAGUAACAUUCAUCUGCAUCUCAUUAGUGUCAUUGCACUAAAUGAAAAAGAGCCUCGGCUUCGUUUAAUAGAGCCGAGCGGUUCUGUACGGAAGCCGAGCAACCGGCAGUAAUGUUCUUGGGGAUGGAGUUUGAUCUUUAGUGGCAUCUUUAUUUCAGUGGAUUCUGUAUAAAAGGGGCUUUUCCCGAUCGACCCGGUCGUAUUUAUUUUCCAAAGAGCCACAAUGACGGUAAAGUGAGGUUCGCCGAUACGCUGGGCUCGCAGGCGGCAGACGGAAAUCCUCAACCCGGUGCUUUACAGACGGCCUCUCUUCCCUCUCUACCCUCCUGUCCCCCUCUCGGAUUGUCCGUAAGCCCCCGUCCGUCUGCAGCGGUGCCGGAAGCCUCGGAUCUGACGGAUCUGACACUCCGCGUGCGAAAUCGCUCCUGUGUAUCUAAAAUACCCAGCAGCCCAUGAAAUGGAUCGGAAUAAUUGUUUCGUUCACAUGGCUGAAAGCUCUCGCGCGUCACGUCGAUGGUCUCGGCUCGUGCUUUAUUUUCUCCUAGAUUCCCUCCUCAGAGGACUAAUUGUUUAUUUCCGUGUUGUUAACCACGAGGUUUGGUUUGGUUUAGUCUGGUCUCAUGCAGGGCCUCCAGGUGAUGGUGUCAGCUGUACCACAACAAGCAUUUAUGCAAAGCUCUCUUCUUUAAUGAGCAGACAAAAUCUUUUUUUUUUCUGUCAUUUUAAUAGAAACUAUGCAACUCGUGCUGUUUGUGUGUCGUCUGUCGAUUUGUAUCUGUUGGUUUUACUUGUUCAUCUCAAUAAAGCCGAUCUUUUUACCCACCUCCA